AUGCGGACCGUGGCAGGUAGUGAACGCCCAGGGUCUUGCCACUUUCCGAUGGAGAAGGGCGAGUGUAAUUCCCAGGGAUUUCAUAGGCGAGAGGUUGGCAUGGAGUCUGGUUACUGCGCCGUCUUCGGCUCUAAGCGCCGUGGAGCUGCCGGAGGUGCCUUUCCUAGGAGACGGGAUUUCAUCCAGGGCCGUGCCCACGUCUCAGGCUCAGAGGAGGAGCUGUCUCCGACCCAGAGAAACAGAAGUGUCCAGAGACUUGCCUUCCUCCCUCCAGAUGUGGUCCGGAAGCCCGCCUCCCCGGGCCAGCAGGAUGGCCAAGGGCAGACCGUGAAGGUCAUGCUGCGCAUCUGCUCCACGCUGGCCCGUGACACCUCCGAGUCCAGCUCCUUCCUGAAGGUGGACCCCCGCAAGAAGCAGGUCACGCUGUACGACCCCCUGGCGUGCGGCGGUCAGAGCACCUUCCAGAAGAGAGGCAGCCAGGUGCCUCCCAAGAUGUUCGCCUUUGACGCGGUUUUCCCGCAGGACGCUUCUCAGGCGGAGGUGUGCGCUGGGACCGUGGCGGAGGUGAUCCAGUCCGUGGUCAACGGGGCGGACGGCUGCGUGUUCUGCUUCGGCCACGCCAAGCUGGGCAAGUCCUACACCAUGAUCGGGAGAGACGACUCCACGCAGAGCCUGGGCAUCAUCCCCUGCGCCAUCGCCUGGCUCUUCAGGCUCAUCAACGAGCGCAAGGAGAAGACCGGCGCCCGCUUCUCCGUGCGCAUCUCGGCCGUGGAGGUGUGGGGCAAGGAGGAGAAGCUGCGGGACCUGCUGGCCGAGGUGGCCACGGGCAGCCUGCAGGACGGCCAGUCCCCGGGCGUGUACCUGUGCGAGGACCCCAUCUGCGGCACGCAGCUGCAGAACCAGAGCGAGCUGCGGGCGCCCACGGCUGAGAAGGCUGCCUUCUUCCUGGACGCCGCCCUGGCUGCGCGCCGGGGCCACCGGCAGGACUGUGACGAGGACGACCUGCGCAACUCGCACAUGCUCUUCACGCUGCACAUCUACCAGUACCGCAUGGAGAAGAGCGGGAAGGGCGGCAUGUCCGGGGGCCGCAGCCGCCUGCACCUCAUCGACCUGGGCAGCUGCGUGAAAGCGCUCAGCAAGAACCGCGAGGGCGGCGCGGGGCUGUGCCUGUCCCUGUCCGCGCUGGGCAACGUCAUCCUGGCCCUGGUCAACGGCAAUAUUUACAUAACGAUUCAUAACAGUAGUAAAAUUACAAUUAUGAAGGACAGCAAGCUCACCAUGCUGCUGCGGGAGUCCCUAGGGAACGUCAACUGCCGCACCACCAUGAUCGCGCACAUCUCGGCCGCCGCCGGCAGCUACGCCGAGACCCUGUCCACCAUCCAGAUCGCCUCCCGGGUCCUGAGGAUGAAGAAGAAGAAAACAAAGUACACGUCGAGCUCAUCGGGGGGAGAGAGCUCCUGUGAGGAAGGCAGGAUGCGCAGGCCCACCCAGCUGCGGCCCUUCCAGGCCAGGGCCGCCGUGGACCCCGACUUCCCCGUCCCGCAGCUGUCCAGCGACCCCGACUACUCAUCCAGCAGUGAGCAGUCCUGCGACACGGUCAUCUACAUCGGGCCCAGCGGCACGGCGCUCUCCGACAAGGAGCUUACGGACAACGAGGGCCCCCCCGACUUCGUGCCCAUCGUGCCGGCUGCAGAAGCGCCCAGGGGUGGCAGCCGGCCCCCCGAGGCCGGGGCGGCCGCGCUGGGGGAGGACUCUCUCCCCAAAGCCACCGCCCCCCAAGGCUGCAAGGUCUCCGCCCUGGGCAAGGCCAUGGUCACCAUCUCCAACACGGCACACCUGGGCGGCGGCGGAGGGUGCGUCCCCGUGAAGACCAACAUCACCGUCUACCCCUGCAUCGCCCUGAGCCCCCGGCGCGGCCCCGGGCCUGAGAGCGGGGAGCUGCCGCCCGCCAUGGGCAAGACGGCGCUGUUCUACCACAGCGGGGGCAGCAGCGGCUACGAGAGCAUGAUGCGUGACAGCGAGGCCACAGGCAGCGCGUCCUCUACCCAGGACUCCAUGAGCGAGAACAGCAGCUCCGUGGGCGGGCGGUGCCGGAGCCUCAAGACCCCAAAGAAACGCUCCAAUUCAGGUUCCCAGAGACGGAGGCUCAUCCCCGCGCUGUCCCUGGACACGCCCUCGCCCGCGAGGAAGCCGGCCCCGGGCGCGGGGCUCCGCUGGGUGGACGGGCCCCUGCGCAGCGCCCAGAGGGCUCUCCCCCCACCUGCCCAGGAGGGCGUGGGCUUCAACGUCAAGCUGAGGACCCUGGAGCGCCGCCAGCAGAGGAUCGCCGAGGUCCGGGCCAAGUACGAGUGGCUGAUGCAGGAGCUGGAGGCGACCAAGCAGCACCUGAUGCUGGACCCCGACCAGUGGCUCAGCGAGUUUGACCUGGAGCAGGUGUGGGAACUGGAUUCCCUGGAGUACCUGGAGGCGCUCGAGUGCGUGACGGAGCGCCUGGAGAGCCGCGUCAACUUCUGCAAGGCCCACCUCAUGAUGAUCACCUGCUUCGACAUCACCUCCCGGCGCCGGUGAAGCCAACGGCCGCCCCCUGACCCCGACCCCCGGGACCUGCAGCCAGGCCCACACUCCAGCAUCCCGGAACCCACAGCCAGGCCCACGCUCCAGGCCCCCGGGGCCCACAGCCAGGCCCCCACUCCAGCAUCCCAGGACCCCCAGCCAGGCCCACGCUCCAGGCUCCUGGGACCCUCAGCCAGGCCCAUGCUCGAGGCCCCAUGCAGGCGGCGCUGAGACCACGGAAGGAGGAUGAAGGUUGGUGGCAAGUCUGCGGUGGCGUUGAGCAGUGCUGUUUCUGUAGGAGACGUGCCAACACCGGACACGCGUAGGAGAGAAUGAUGGGAGGCCAAGGGAAGUGGAAGCCCCGUGAGACUGAAAAAGCACUUUGAGGAACUUUCUAGAACUUGUUUGUCCAUAAGGACCGCUGGCAAAAGAGACCUCCCUCGGGCCUGGUCUGGUGAGGAAGGGCAGAUGGGCGUGGGUUGCCGUGGAAGCUGAGACAACGCCGGAUCGUCACCCAGACGACUGAUUAAGUGCCUUGCAAAUCUUCACUGUUCCCCAAACACUUACGUCCUCCUCCGCUGUGCGCAGAGGGUGCUAGUGAAGACGCCAACAACACAACAGCACGAAGUGAGCCGUGGGGACCGUCCCCGCUCGCUGCCCCGGGUGCUGCGCCCUGUUCCGACUUGUCUCUGAGUCAUUGUGUGUAGAGCUGUUUCCUAGUCGGUGUUGCGUAUGAAUAAAUGUUACCCGUCUCUCA